AUUUUGACAGGAAUGAGGAAGUGUCAGUGUCACUCGAACUUGUGGUUCAUUUUCAGCAAAAUUUAAAUAGGCUUUCCUAAUAUCAUUUAAAUCGACAACACAUAAAUGAAUAGAAACCGGCACUUCUUAUUGAUAGAAAAUGCGUGUUUGUUUUAUAAUUUUUGUCAUCUUCGUUAAAUUGAACUUUUCUUUGGAAAAUGAUAUCAAAACAGAGCAAAAAAGUGAUAAGACAACCGCGGUGGCCCCCGAAAAUGAUGAUAGAUUGUUGCUUUUUGCCACCUUAGAUGGUUCUUUGGUUAAUGUUGAUCGAAUCACUGGAUAUAUCAAAUGGGAUGUGAAAGAUCGUCCUAUUGUUGAAGUGCCUUUGAAUCCUGAUGAUGUGAGCGUCCCAAUUUUUUUACCUGACCCAAGAGAUGGUUCGCUUUAUUUACUUGACAAUAGCAGAGAACCAUUGAAAAAAUUGCCAUUCACAAUUCCCCAACUAGUGGCUUCUUCUCCUUGUAGAAGUUCAGAUGGUAUCUUAUAUACAGGCAAGAAAAAAGAUGCUUGGUUCAAAUUGGACCCUUCUACAGGAAUGAAACAGCAAAUUAUUGGAUGGGAUACAUCCAGCCCUACAUGUCCUAUAGAAACUUCUCUCUUUGUUUAUGUUGGACGAACUAAGUACAAUAUAGCUAUGAUCGACAGUCAGAAUCCAGACAAGAAAUGGAAUGUGACCUUUUUUGAUUACACUUCAAAACCAGUUGGAAAAGAAGACAUGGCUAACUUUGAACUUGUACUGUUUGCAUCAAGUUCUACUGGUAAGAUUAUAGCGUUGGACAGAAGAAGUGGACAGUUUUUAUGGGAAUUAGAACUGGAAAGUCCAGUUGUUGGAAUUUAUUUAUUAGACACUGAUGGACUCCUCACUGUUCCUUACACCAUGCUAGCGAAUCACACUAUCGCCUAUCUUUCAUCCGAAUUUUCGGCAGACCACAUUUUUGACCAGAAAAGUCGUAUGAAAUUAUAUCCCACCCUAUAUAUUGGACAACACAAAUCAGGGCUCUAUGCAAUUCCUUCUUUGGUAGAUCAGAAUGUGGUGACAAUAACUGCGUCAGAUGCCGGAAAAUUAUUGUUGAGUGGCCCAAAUGGCCCAGAGGAGCCACAACCGUACCCUGACGUACCAAUUCCAGGUCAAAAUUAUCAUAUACCACCCGAAAUGUUCGACGACAGCACCUUCACCUUUCAGAGCAUACCCGGUCUAGCGAAUCACAUUUCAAUUUAUACGGGUCAUUAUAAUGUUCCAAAAUACGGAAAAAUGCGUUUCAUGCUUCCUGGAAAAACCGAAUCCAUUCGAUUGAUAUCUGAUGGUAGCGAGUCUAAGUCGAAGGAAAAAAAGAGGCAGGAAACCGGUAUUUCUGAUGAUGUAAACAUGGAUGAUGACAAUGAUGAUGAAUAUUGUAAUGUUACGAAGAGUGGGACGACGAAUUGGACUUUCAUUAGAUACAUAACCAAUUACGCUGAGGUGUACCAGGCAAUGAACGAUUUGCAGAGAACGCUUGUUACCUUAGCCGGGGUGCUCACAAUAUCGACCGUUUAUAUUAUUCUGAUGGUUCGCUACGUUAUUCGUCAUAAGAACAAAACUUACGUGAAGUAUCCGGAGAAUGGAAUUUUGCAAAUUGGUAAAAUAACCGUACAACUUGAGGAAUGUAUUGGGAGCGGUUGUGACGGUACAAUGGUAUACAAAGGUGAAUUCGAAGGGAGACCUGUAGCAGUGAAAAGGUUAAUGACGAAAGGUCCUAAACAGAUCGAAUUGGUAGAAAGGGAGGUGGCCUUGUUGAAAGAAAGCGACGACCACCCGAAUGUGAUAAGAUAUUUCUGUACCGAACAAGAUAUCGGUUUUCGUUACAUUGCUCUGGAGAUGUGUCAGGCUACUAUCUCCGAUUACAUUGAAGGUUCUAAGGAUUUCCUGCCGAUCACACCUUUACAGAUCCUCCAACAAACCACAGAAGGUUUGGCCCAUCUUCAUUCCCUUGGCAUAGUUCAUAGAGACCUGAAACCUCACAACGUUCUGAUUUCAAUGAAGGACAGUUCAGGAAACGUGAAAGCCAUGAUUUCUGAUUUUGGUUUGUGCAAGAAAUUGCAGAGCGGUAGGUCGUCUUUCUCCGCCUCUCGCAUCGAAGGUUCCGAAGGUUGGACCGCCCCAGAAGCCCUGAAAAAAGAACCCCAGAGAAUGACUUCAUCUGUGGAUAUAUUUUCUCUCGGUUGUCUCUUCUAUUAUGUUUUAUCGGAGGGUAAACAUCCAUUUGGGGAUAUUGUAUAUAGAACAGCUAAUAUUGCUACAGGAAAACCUUGCGAUCUACAGAGCCUCAAAGGGAGGAACUGGGAAGUUAACACUCAACUUUGUUUGAUCAAGUCCAUGAUUUCGAAGAACCCCAAAGAAAGACCCAAUUGUAGCGCUAUAUUGAGCCAUCCCAUGUUCUGGGACACAACUAAGAUGCUUAAUUUUUUCCAGGAUGUAAGUGAUAGAGUCGAAAUAUCGGAAUUUGAUGAAGUCGUCCUGAGAAGCCUUGAAUCGGGGGGGAUGUAUGUUGUCUUCAACGACUGGGGAGAUCAUAUCGACCAAGAUUUAGUAAUUGACUUGAGGAAAUUCAGAACCUACUACGGAAGAUCAGUCAGGGAUUUACUCCGAGCUAUGAGAAAUAAGAAACAUCAUUUCAGGGAACUUACGGAAGCAGCAAGGCAAAUUUUAGGGGAAAUACCAGACAGUUUCACCUAUUAUUGGAUAGAUAAAUUCCCGUUGCUCCUGAUCCACACUUACCUGACGAUGCAGUGUGUAUCCCACGAGAACAUCUUUUCCGGUUACUAUCAGGGCGGUCACAACUAUUCCUUGGAAGAAUUCCGAGAGCAUGCCAAGUCCUAUUGCGAGUCUAACGGGAUAUUCGUGGACGAGACUCAACCCCCCGUGGAACCCAUCCAUAAGAGUCCCAAAAGGAAAAGGACGAAUUCAUCCAACACAAGGAGUUACAAAAAUGCUGGUCCGCUGAAAUCGAAAAGUAGAAAGGCAGCACACAAACAGGACGAGCCCACGACUUGGGUUAUACAAGAUAUGUGAAUAUUUUCGAUUAUUUUAAUUGUGUAUAUAUAUUUUUUUUUAUAGCGUCAUGGGUACGGAUUCAGUGUUACCUAUUUUCAGGUAACGUUUUUACGAAAGAUAUACUUUAGAUUGGUACGGUGUGAAAUGAAAUAUUUUCAGUAGUUUUGUACCUUCUGACUCGAAGUUGUAUCAUGCAACUUUGCUUUAUUCAGUUUGAUGUUUUCUGAAAUUGAGUCACGUGAUUAUUAUGGUCUCAAGUAUUGUUUUAAAUCAUGACAAUGCUCAAAUUAUACAACCAGUAGCAGGAAGUAUUCUCUUAAUUCAGAAAGAUUUUCAUGGGUUCAUUCAUUUGUCUUGACUUUUCCAUUCCAAAAAAAAAUAUAUGACUGAUGGAAAUGGAAUUUAUCGUUAUUUUACCAUUGAAUUGAACAAUAUUUUUUUAAUUUAAUUCAGAGCUUCUUUGUGAAAAUUUUGUGAGUGUUUGUAUUGUUCAAUUAUGGACUUUCAUCAAGUAGCUCUCAGUUUAAUUCGAUAUCACAAUUUUUCUGGAGUUUUCCUUCUGUAAGUUUCAUCAUUGCGGGAAGACCAAAGUGAGUAUUCAGCUGAAAGAAAACUUGGAUCUUACUGCUUUAUUGAGCUUCUCAGAAAGGGGAUCAAAUGGUCAAUUUUAUUAACCAAGAAAUAUAGUUAAGUCUAACUUUUUUGGAAAUUUUACUGGAUGAGUGAGCUCAAUUCAAAGCUUACCAAUACUUUCUACUGGCAGUAAGUCCAAUUGAUUCGAACAGUAUUUUUUUUGACUGAAAAACACUAAGACUACAAUUUUGAAUUCAUUAUAGAAAAAGUGGAGUUA